ACUUGAUGUAGGGAGGUCAUAGUUUCUUGAUGGUUUAAAUGUGAUAAAGAAAACUCUUAUUAGUCCAGCUGAUCAGGAAAUCCCGUUACAGAUCCACCAUCUUGACUACUACUACCGAUCAGGGCUAAUAACGUUUCAGUGGAAGUGUAUACGGCUUCUCUGUCCAAAAUCUCUUGGGCCGGUAUUUGCCUAAAAUCACCGAACGCAUCCCAGUGUCAGUUUCAUAUUGUUUAGUCGGUGGAUACAUUUGUAUGUUGGACAAACAGGAUUUGUUUGCACUCUCUGCCACACUGGUCGUGAAACUGGACUCCGGGAAUGUGAACAAUUACAGAUACGGGCAAUUCAGUGCCAUUUCUGAGGAUCUGACACAAGGCGGGAUAGACGACGAGUCAUUCACUUCAAUAUUCACUGGGUCAAGCUUGCUUGAAAAUAUUUUGUUUGUACAGUCGCAGAAAUCCGUUUGAGAAAAACAAUACUUUGUUCUUGUAACGCAUGAACAUUGCAUUAGAUACCGUUUAUUAACCUACUUGAUCAAAGCUGUGGCCAUUAAGAAAAAGGAAAAGAAAAUCAACGACGAUUCUGAAACUGUUCUCUAUCGAACGUUUUUGUCGAGAUAAUGAUCCUGAUACUUGAAAUCUAGGCACUUAAUGUUACCAAGUCGAUCUUGUAGUUCAUAGAUAACCACACGCCGGGAAGACCACCACGUAUUUCUCCUUCCCCGACGUAUUCAGCAACAACACCACAGGAAGGGACAAUACCAUUGUGACUGAUGUCCCCGGCAGAUCACCAACUUCGACGAUCAAGGCGAGAGUGUGUGUAGCCACGCGGAGUGACAUCAAUAUCUAUUGUCCUACAGGUUUCAUUCAGUUGAUAUGAUAGGAAUGGAAAUUGUAGCUAUGCAUGUAUGAAACUUUGUAAUCACGCGACGAGGUGUUGUUAUCUGAUGUAAUUGUCGUCUGCUCAUAGAUCAAGGAAUAGUCUGCUCGUGUUUCAAUGAACUGUCCUCUGGUCGUCUGUCAAUGGAUUGUCGUCUGCUCGAGAAUAAGGGGAUGUGAUUUAUGAUUGAUUGGCAGAGGGAGGUGAUGUUUCAAGCGAGACUGCUGCAGGUUGUGAACGGAAGCCUGCAGCACGUGGACUCCGGUGAAAGCAAGAGUCACCACUCUCACCCUCGAGCUGCCCAGUCGUUUGACUAUAACUGCUGACAUUCCUGUAAAUAUUCUCGCAGCUAGCUCUGUGUAACUCCCAGUAAAAGCAGUUAAUCCUAGCUCACCUGGUGCUGCUGUAAGUGGCAUUGGUUGAGAUUAUCAUGCUGUCAUAGACGAGAGAUAACGCCGAUUGCUACAGAAACUGAUCGAUACGACGAGGAAGCAACUAUACAUGUAUACCGUUACUGUCGGUUGGCCCUUGUUCUCCGCCGCGGACUGGUGCUAGUCUUUGAUUGGCUCCAAGAAAUCACGUGAUAACAAGCAUGCCCACAAAAUCCUGGUUCACAUACUGGUCUAUUAGACUGUUGGUGUAUUUCGGAUAAGGUACUAACUGUUUGUGAGAAGUGAUCAAUCAAGCUAUGAGUGAGAAGUCAAGGUAUCACUGUAUCACUCCGCUGUAUGAGAGGUAUGACGAAUGAGGAUACACCAGAGAGAGGGAAUUGGAAUUAAAACGAACUAGGAAUGUUGGAAUUCUUUGUCCAAGGAGGUGUGUGCAGGAUUUCCUUCCAAGAGUACAACUGCGGACAUUAGAGAGGAUCAGCUCAUGACGGCAAGGCGUGGAUCCGUAUCCCGGCUAUAGCAACACAGAAACAACACACGACCGACCGACACAAAUGUGAAUGCCGUACGUAAUCAUCAAGUGGUUUCCUCCCUAGAACCCAUGGACCUGUGCCGCCCGGCGUUGGGAAACAUCUUCCAAAACUCUAGUGCUUUACAACAUGUGAACUGUAUAACCGUUCGCGUAGAAACAUUCUAGAAGUGUGUACACAUAUAUGUUCCACAAUGGGACUCUACCUUUAUGACUGAUCAGCAUAUUACUCAAUAGCUAUAGAAGAAACACCAUAAGGACGGAAAGCCCUGUAACCAUGGAAUUCAACCAGACAGGACUUCCGGGUCCUACGACGGAGUCCGUGAACAACGUCACCGUAUUCACCCCAUUCUCCAUUCAAAUGCACAGCUUUGAACAUUUAGUGGUAACUACGACAGUUCUGGGUUUGUUCAUCCUGGUGACUAUCAUAGGGAACGUGUUUGUGAUCGCUGCCGUGAUCCUGGAGCGCAAUCUUCACAACGUGGCCAACUAUCUGAUUCUGUCUCUGGCUGUAGCGGACUUAAUGGUGGCGGUUCUGGUCUUGCCCAUCUCUGUUGUUUCUGAAAUAAGUAAAGUUUGGUUCCUUCCAGCUGAAAUCUGUGACAUGCACAUAUCUUUCGACGUUCUUUGCUGCACUGCUUCCAUUCUGCAUCUCGUUGCCAUAGCAAUGGAUAGAUACUGGGCAGUCACCAGCAUAGAGUAUAUUCGUAACCGCAGUGCUAAACGGAUCAGCAUCAUGAUUGCUAUUGUAUGGACAGUUGCAAUGACAAUAUCCAUUCCACCACUUUUUGGUUGGAAGGACGCAAAUAACGAUCCCGAUAAAACCGGCGUGUGCGUUAUUAGCCAAGACCAUGGCUACACUAUUUUCUCAACGGUCUGUGCCUUUUAUCUUCCAAUGCUUGUCAUGAUAAUAAUCUACAUUCGAAUAUACCAAGUUGCGAGAGCAAGGAUUAGGAAAAACAAGUUCCCUAAUAAGAAAAAAGAUAAGAAGAAAAUGGUUAAAGAGGACGCUACUACGACGACCAUAUCGCCCAAAACAGAAUAUAGUGUUGUGUCAAACUGCAAUGGAUGUUCCCCAGAAAACAGCAUGAAAAAGAAGGAAAAGAACAGCUCGGAGAAUGAAACCGUUCCCAACGGCAAUGAGCACUCCCAAGAUGACGCCAAUGCGGCCAUGUUGCAAACCGCUGCAGAAAAAUCUAAAAUGGCCAUGUCUCGGAAGGAAAAACUGGAACUAAAGCGUGAACGGAAAGCAGCCAGAACUCUCGCAAUCAUCACUGGAGCUUUCAUCAUGUGCUGGCUCCCAUUUUUUAUCGUUGCUCUUGUCAAUCCCUUCCUCCCAGAAGUCGACAAGGUCCCUCAUGUUGUUAUCAGCAUCGUGCUUUGGCUUGGGUACCUUAACAGCCUGCUUAAUCCAGUCAUAUACACAAUAUUCAGUCCCGAGUUCAGAAAUGCUUUCCGGAAGAUUUUGUUUGGAAAAUAUUCCCGGGAUAGGUAAUCGGCCUCGAACGAAUUCCAGUAACUGUUUUGUUCCAAAAAGGCCAUUGGACCGCCAUGGACAGCGAUUGUAUGAGUUUCGGCAGUGCCAACAGUGUAUUUUUUUCCAGUGGUAGUAUUUAUGUAUCUAUUUUUAUGACUUUUUGAAAUGUUGCAACUGCAGGUAUGCUGUGACUUCUGAGUGUUCUCAACCUGGCCUUUAACUCUGUGGCUCUUGGCGUGUAGCCCAAGAGGUUAAAGCAUCUAAAUGUACUUUUAAACAGGAUUUCCUGAGGACGAAACAGCAGCGAAGUCAGCGCUACACCUUGCUGCAGACUCUGAAACGCCAUCACCCAAUGCGCUACUUCAUGGCAAGUAUUGGUUAUGUAUAUUAUGGGACUCGUGAGUCUACCGUGAUUGGUAGAUACAGAGGAGGAUUGAUAGAGUAAAUGACUCCAGAAAUUGUAUAUACUCGACAGAAGAGACAUUUACUGAGGGUAAUUCUAGCCCUCACGAGAACGAUUGGAUGGAACUUGGGACAUUGCGUUAAGGUGAUUCUUAGUGUGACAUAAAGUCAUCAUAACGUUGACAUUCCCAUAGAAGUGAGUGAUCAUUAUUCGCUUUGUAUCAUUGAUUUUGUCUAUAUACAUCCAUAUAACCAACAUGCUGACGAGCUGCCGUCUAGAACACAACACAAGUGAUAUGACAUAGACAUUUAGUUCCAGAUUGGUUUAAAGGUAUUUUUGUAAAUGUAUUGUUGCUCCAUCUCGUGAGUAGCUUAAGAUGUGCUUGCCUAUUUGUAGACUUUAAGGCUUUGAGCUGUCCUGUGUCGAUGGCCCCCGACACUGGACAUCCUCAAGCUAGCUGCAAUUCCAUCUACAGGACACAAAGGUAUCUAUUCCCAAUUGUCUUUUUAAAUGUCUUUGGGAACAACUAAAAUGUUAGUGUCCUUUCCUUUGUUUCUUUUUUUCUUUGAACGUCACAAAAUAUGCACCACUGAGAUGCAAGAGGAAUUAUAUCGUGAAGGAAUGCCUGGUUCCAUUUAUUUCUUUGUAGCUUAUGUUUCUGAAUAGUUCCAAACAAUACAGUAUUAUAUUUGUAAUUGCAAAAGACUAUAUGUACCUGAAGCAACCUCGUGUAUGAAUAGGAUGUCGGAACGGUUGUAAAGAAAAGUCACUCAACGUUGACUGGCUAAGUAAAACAGUAUCGUAAAAAAGACAAGUGUGUUGUGUGAGGAUCAUUAUAAGGAAUAUUACAACUUCAUUACAGAAUCAACAUGAGAAAAAGUGUGGAAAUUAUUAAGGACUUUUCAAUUUAUCAGUUCAUUCAUGAUCAAUUGACUGACGAGGUCUGCUGUGCAGAGUUGAUCCUAUUAUUUUUUCAAAUGUGUUUGCAGUUCAUUAUGUAUGUAACCUUCCAUCUAGACCUGAUUGUUCCUUCAACAAUCAACCUCCUCAUCGAGGUGUAAACCUGGGAAACAUGGCUCUCCGACCCCAAGGAAAUACAGCCACGUUGCUCUGAUACCUUUCUGUCCUGCAAUGCCACUUGUUAAUACAGUCGCUAUCAGCCGAUAUACUCACGUUAAGACAAACAUCGCUCAUGUGAUAAUAUGUCCUGUACGGUUUUAAAUCAGCACAUUAAAACAUUAAAACAACA